AUGCGUCUCUCAAAUCCGUUGCGGCGGUCCCGCGAAACGCGGUUGCCCAUGUACCAGAACCCCAAUUCGCCUGCAAAAGAGCGCUCCUCCAACGAUGGCUACUAUUCCUCCUCAGACGGCGACUCAGAAUCAUCAUUUUCAGGUCCAUCCUCAGACGGGUCAAGAAACGUAUCCGAGUCAUAUCCUGUGCGACCGCUGCUAGUUCAGAAGAGGAACCAGAGACCUACCUCUCAGCGACCGGGUGGUUUCUACCCUUACAGAUUGCCACCGCGAGUUAUCCGCUAUGUCUUUCUUGCGAUAACUGGGCUGAUAAUCCUCAUGAUUAUCAGCCUGGUACGGGCAAGUCAGCUCGAGAACUGGAAAGUUGCCAACGGCCAGGUAAACAGUCGGCCGGCGCCUCCCCCUCUGUGGGAGAAAUUUCCGUUUCUGGAGAGGUAUUAUGGCGGCAUACGCACUUUGGUUCCUUUUGAGGAGAACAAGCCCGAGUAUCCCAAGUCCAACGAGCACACACCAUCGAGUCCGGCAUCGCCCGCCCAAACCGCUUCAACUGGCGAGGUGGAGAGUCGCGAGGCUGGAUUCCCUACCAGUCACUCGUGGGAAGACUACGCUGGACGAAGUAACGAGACUGGUAUCAAGGAGUGCUUCCUGGAUGCUGCUGGCAAGAUUCGCCCACCACCGCUUCGUUAUUACAACGGUCGACCCAGUGGCUUCCCGUUGCAUGUCACCGGCUCUUAUGAAGUCCUUAAACUACCCGAAGAAGUUUGCUUUGAGCGCUAUGGAAAAUUUGGCCCUUAUGGGUUUGGAUAUUCGACGCGCACUGGUGGCUUAGACUAUCGCGAGGUUAACUGGGCGGAAAUUCAACAGCGCUGCUUCCAGGCUAAUGCUGGUCGCAACUCCAAAGGAGCAAAGGUCAAAUCUCGCGACUCUGAGCCGAAAGACGACGGCAAGACGAAGACUGCUGCUGAAAAUGCUAAGGAUGAAUCCGACAAGAAGGGCGCUUCUACAACCGAGGUGGCCAAGCAAUCACGAACCGCCAUUGUUGUCAGGUGCUGGGACGAGUAUCUAUUCCGAGAAGAUGAUUAUGCCAACCUUCGAUCGAUGAUUUCUGAGCUUUCAUUAGCUUCCGGAGGCCGGUACGACGUUCAUCUACUAGUUCAGGUGAAGAACGAUGCCAAGCAUCCUGUUUGGGCUGACCACGAGAUCUACGAGCAAAGAAUUCGAGACUCCAUUCCAAAGGAAUUCCAGGGUCUGGUCACUCUUUGGACUGAAACGCAGAUGCUCUCCCUGUAUCAGGGUAUCUAUGAUUCGUUCAGCCGAGGCCCCGAACUCCCAGUUCACGGAGCGUACCGCGGACUCACUAUGGCCAUGCAGCAUUUUGCAUACUUGCACCCUGAGUACGACUAUUUCUGGCAGUGGGAGAUGGAUAUCCGCUAUACGGGACACUAUUAUGACCUGCUAUCUAAGCUCGAAAACUGGUCCAAGGCUCAGCCGCGGAAGGGACUGUGGGAACGAAACUCGCGAUAUUAUUUCCCCAACGCUCACGGUACCUGGGAAGACUUUUCACAGAUGUCCCGCGUACAGAGCGAAAUGGGAACCCCUGGAGCCGAUAAUGUUUGGAAGAACGUGCCCGGCGUUGACGGCCAGCCCCCAGAGACUUCCACGAGGAAGAAGAUUAAGACUGUUUGGGGCCCUAUCCGUCCUUCAGAUGAAAACGACUGGUUUGAGCAUGAAAAGGAUCCCGUCCCGCCGUCUUCGUAUGAUACCGACCACUACCAAUGGGGAGUAGGCGAGGAGGCGGACUUGAUUACUCUGAAUCCCAUCUUCGACCCAGAGGGCACCACAUGGGGCCUGAAGGAUGACAUUACGGGCUACAACCGCUCAAUUCCUUUCCCUCCUCGGCGCGCCAGCAUCAUCACAACGUCUCGAAUGUCAAGGCGCCUUCUCAUGACAAUGCACAGGAUGACGGCACACAAGAAGCAAUUCGCCUUCCCCGAGAUGUGGCCCGCGACAGUUGCUCUUCAGCACGGUUACAAGGCUGUUUACGCACCACACCCCACAUUCAAUGGUGGCCGUGAUGGAGCCACUGGCGGAUCAAGGACCAGUCUCUUCGGCGACCGAGAACACAACCUCAGGGGAUUGACUUGGUUCUAUAACUCUGGUUUCGGGCCCAACUUGUACAAACGCUGGUUGGGCUUGAAGGUAAACAACGACGGUGGAGAAGAGUUUGAGAAGACAGAGGAUAAGAGCCGAGCUGGUUCGGGAGUCGGCGCCAUGACUGGCGGCGAGGGUCGCAUGUGCCUCCCCCCUAUGCUUCUCCAUCCCGUUAAGGAGGUGGACAUACCUAUUGAGGCUCCUCCGCAAGAGGAAGAUGCGGCGAAUGAAGUGCCCGAAUCAGACCCAGAGGCCUGA